AUGGACUACCUGAAGGUGGUGGCCAUGGCGGGCCCAAAAGGCUACCACAGCAGGGGCGAUGCCCUAAACAAAGAGACGGAGCUGCUACUGGGGUUCCGGUGCCUCCAGCCGGCGCAGGCGGUCCUGCAAAGCAUCACGAGCACCACAAUGGCCUUGCGCUGUUGGUACUGCGUCUUCUACGUCCUGGGCGAGACCAAGGAGGCCCUGCAAAAUCAGGCUACAUGUGUUCGUGCAGACGUUUUUGAACUUGGUGCAGACGCUGCUUGGAAAGAGCGGCGAACGCUUCAGCAAAGCAAGGACUUUGUCUACGACCUCGUGGCCGUGGGCGCAGGUGCCGGCGGUCUGGUCUCUGCGAAGCAGUCUGCCCGACGCGGCGCAAGAAGUGCCCUGAUCGAGCAGCAUCUGGCUGGAGGAGAUUGUCUGAAUGUUGGCUGUGUGCCUUCGAAGGCAUUGUUGCGGUGUGCCCGCGCCAUAGCAGAAGUGCGACGCAUGGACUUGGGCUUCACGUGUGGGUCGCAGGCCCGCAUCGACUUCGCAAAGGUCAUGGAGCGCAUGCGAAAGCUCCGGGCGGACAUAGCACCUGUUGAUUCCCACGAGACCUCCAAGCAAGUCGGCGUGGAUGUAUAUAUGGGCACCUCCACGUUUACUGGAAAGAACGAGCUUCAGGUGGGUGAGAAGAGGCUGAAAUUCCGAAAAGCUGUCAUUGCCACUGGGGGACGAGCCAAAGUCCCUCCCAUUCCAGGCUUAGAUCAAGUGCCAUACCUCACCAACGCGUCGCUGUUCAAUCUUUCAGAGCUACCACCUCGAUUCCUCGUGGUGGGUGCAGGGCCCAUCAGCUUGGAGAUGGCCCAGGCCUUCCAGCGGUUUGGGAGCCAAGUGACCGUUUUGGAGGUAGCCCCCCAGAUCAUGGGCUUAGAAGACGACGACGCAGCCCAACUGCUGCGCGAAGUCUUAGAAGAGGAAGGAGUUCAAAUCCACACCGGAUGCAAGAUCUCCUCUGUGUCCUCCACGCAAGCGCCAACAGCCAAGGAAUGGCCAGAGAUUCGCGUCAGUAUCUCUGGCGACAGCGGGGAGAAGACCGUUGUGGGUGACGCACUGCUUAUUGCAGCAGGCCGCGUGCCGAACGUAGAGGGCCUGGGCCUUGAGGCUGCCGGCGUGGACUACACCCCUGGUGUGGGCAUCAAAGUUAGCGACGACCUCACAACCUCAAACCCUGACAUCCUUGCCAUUGGCGAUGUCAUUGAGCGGCCGGACACAAGAUUCACGCACAUGUCUGGUACAAUGGCUGGCAUGGCGGUGCAAAACGCCCUGUUUCCCGACAAGGGCCUGCCGGUGAAUGCGCCUUCCUCGAAGCUGUCCGAGGUGGUGGUCCCGCGGUGCACAUACACGGAGCCAGAAGUUGCCUCCUGCGGCAUCUCCAACGAGAAGAUCGCAGCGAAGCAAGGCGCCGAUGUGGAGGUGUACAAAGCAGGCUUGCAGCACAACGAUCGCGCCAUCCUUGAGGGCUCCAACAGAGGCUACGUGAAGAUCGUGUGCCGAAAGGGCACUGAGGAGAUCCUUGGGGCGACCGUUGUCUGCGAGGGAGCGGGCGAGAUGCUGUCAGAAAUCACGCUGGCCGUGCAGCACGGCCUGGGCCUCUCACAAGUGGCGCGCACUGUGCACCCAUACCCCACAAUGGGGGAAGCCAUCCAGCAGUGCGCCUUGAACUACAAUCGUGCGCGCUGGGCCAAGCUGGAGAAGAAGGACUCU